AUGUGAAAAGCAGUUAGAUCGGUCAAUCGCGCGUGUGUUAUUUCGUCAGAUCAGACGUCCAUAUCUUUAAUUAUAAUCAUUUGAGGCAUCGUCAAGUGUUUUAUAGACGCUGAAGGCACAUCUGUUUGGGUUAUAGUUGAAUUGUGAUCCUGUUAAAGGUUAUUUGAGGUGCACAUUGAAAAUGGCUGGAACAGAGGGGCCGCUGAAGAGUUUGUUUGAGAAUAAGGCUCUGAGUAAGGCGAAGAAGGAUGACAAGCGUCUGUCUGUGGAGCGGAUCUAUCAGAAGAAGACUCAACUGGAGCACAUUCUGCUCCGUCCCGACACCUACAUCGGCUCUGUGGAGCCUGUCACUCAGCAAAUGUGGGUGUUUGAUGAGGAUGUGGGAAUAAACUGCAGAGACGUGACAUAUGUGCCAGGACUCUAUAAGAUCUUUGAUGAGAUUCUGGUAAAUGCUGCGGAUAACAAACAGAGGGACAAGAACAUGAACUGCAUCAAGGUCAACAUUGACCCAGAAAACAACACCAUCAGUGUGUGGAAUAACGGGAAAGGAAUUCCUGUUGUUGAGCACAAGGUGGAGAAGGUGUACGUGCCGGCUCUGAUCUUUGGUCAGCUCCUGACCUCCAGUAACUAUGACGAUGACCAGAAGAAGGUCACAGGUGGUCGAAAUGGAUACGGAGCAAAGCUAUGUAACAUCUUCAGUAUUAAGUUCACUGUAGAGACGGCCUGCAGAGAGUCAAAACAGUGUUUCAAACAGACAUGGUUUGAUAACAUGGGUCGAGCCAGCGAGUCGAGGAUCAAACCCUUUGAUGGUGAAGACUACACCUGCAUCACGUUCCAGCCUGACCUGGCGAAGUUUAAGAUGCAGGCUUUAGACAAAGACACUGUCUCACUGCUGACCCGAAGGGCAUAUGACAUCGCUGGUGCCUCUAAGGGCGUCCGCGUCUUUCUCAACGGCAAGAAACUGCCUGUGAGUGGUUUCCGCAGUUAUGUGGACCUGUAUCUGAAGGAGAAAGUGGAUGAGACCGGUUCUCCACUGACUAUUGUUCAUGAGAGCGUGAACGAGCGCUGGGAGGUGUGUCUUACCCUCAGUGAUAAAGGAUUCCAGCAAGUCAGCUUUGUCAACAGCAUCGCCACCACUAAGGGCGGCAGACACAUUGACUACGUUACAGACCAGAUUGUGUCCAAACUGAUUGAAGUGGUGAAGAAGAAGAAUAAGGCUGGAGUGGCCGUCAAACCUUUCCAGGUGAAGAACCACAUGUGGUUGUUUGUGAACUGUCUGAUUGAGAACCCGAGUUUUGACUCUCAAACCAAAGAGAACAUGACUCUACAGCAAAAGAGCUUUGGCUCUACCUGCUCUCUGAGUGACAAGUUCAUCAAACAGGCUAAUGGCUGUGGGAUUGUGGAGAGCAUCAUGAACUGGGUGAAGUUUAAAGCUCAGACUCAACUCAAUAAGAAAUGCUCUGCUGUCAAACACACCAAGAUUAAAGGAGUGCCGAAGCUGGAUGACGCCAACGACGCAGGUGGGAAGAAUUCCUCCAGCUGCACUCUCAUCCUGACCGAAGGAGACUCGGCCAAAACUCUGGCCGUGUCUGGUCUGGGUGUGGUGGGACGUGAUCGCUAUGGGGUCUUCCCUCUGCGUGGUAAAAUGCUCAAUGUGCGGGAGGCAUCACACAAACAGAUCAUGGAGAAUGCUGAGAUCAACAGCAUCAUAAAGAUCCUGGGUCUGCAGUACAGGAAGAACUAUAGUGACCCCGAGUCACUCAAGAGCCUGCGCUACGGAAAACUCAUGAUCAUGACAGAUCAGGAUCAAGACGGGUCUCAUAUUAAAGGUCUCCUCAUCAACUUCAUCCAUCAUAACUGGCCCUCACUGCUGCAGCACAACUUCCUGGAGGAGUUCAUCACCCCCAUUAUCAAGGUGUCUGGUAAGAAGCAUGAGAUGUCAUUCUACAGUAUCCCAGAGUUCAAUGAGUGGAAGGAAAAACAGAGUAACCUGAAAUCCUGGAAGAUCAAAUACUACAAAGGUUUGGGUACCAGCACAUCUAAGGAGGCCAAAGAGUAUUUUUCGGAUAUGGCGAGGCAUCGAAUCCCCUUUAAGUACUCUGGGCCGGCCGAUGAUGAGGCGAUCACCCUGGCCUUUAGUAAGAAGAAGGUGGAGGAGAGGAAGGAAUGGCUGACCAGCUUCAUGAUAAACAGACGCCAGCGCAGAGAACACAACCUGCCUGAGGAGUAUCUGUACGGACAGGAGACCACGUCCCUCUCCUACCAUGACUUUGUCAAUAAAGAGUUGGUGCUGUUCUCCAACUCUGAUAAUGAGAGGUCCAUUCCCUGCUUAGUGGACGGUCUGAAGCCGGGUCAGAGGAAGGUGCUGUUCUGUUGUUUUAAGAGGAAUGAUAAGAGAGAGGUGAAGGUCGCUCAGUUGGCUGGAUCAGUGGCUGAGAUGUCAGCCUAUCAUCAUGGAGAGAUUUCUCUGAUGAUGACCAUCGUGGGUUUGGCUCAGAACUUUGUGGGCAGUAACAAUCUGAAUCUGCUGCAACCUCUGGGUCAGUUCGGCACACGUCUGCAUGGAGGAAAAGACUCGGCCAGCCCCAGAUACAUCUUCACCAUGCUCAGUUCGCUGACACGUCUGCUGUUCCCUGCGGUGGAUGAUAACCUUUUGAAGUAUAACUAUGACGAUAACCUGCGGGUGGAGCCGGAGUGGUACAUUCCUAUUAUACCUUUGGUGUUGGCCAACGGUGCCGAGGGCAUCGGUACCGGCUGGGCCAGCCGCAUGCCGAACUAUGAUGUACGGGAAAUCAUCAACAACAUUCACCGCCUGCUCAACGGAGAAGAGCCACUUCCCAUGCUGCCCAGCUUUAGGGGCUUCAAAGGCACCAUUGAAGAACUGACAAGGAAUCAGUAUGUGAAUAAUGGAGAGGUGGCCAUCAUUGACUCCACCACCAUUGAGAUCACCGAGCUGCCUGUCAAAACCUGGACUCAGAUGUAUAAGGAGAAUGUGCUGGAGGUGAUGUUGAAUGGCUCGGACAAAGUUCCUCCUCUCAUCACAGACUAUAAAGAGUAUCACACAGACACCACCGUGCGUUUCGUCGUUAAGAUGACCGAGGAUCGGCUGAGAGAGGCCGAGGCCACCGGAUUGCACAAAGUCUUCAAACUACAGAACCUGCUCACCUGUAACUCCAUGGUGCUGUUUGAUCAUGUGGGCAGUUUAAAGAAAUAUGAGUCUGUUCAGGUCGUCCUGAAGGAUUUUUUUGAGCUGCGGAUGAAGUAUUACGUGCUCAGGAAGGACUGGCUGCUUGGAAUGCUGGGAGCUGAGAACGCCAGACUCUCUAACCAGGCCAGAUUCAUCUUGGAGAAGAUUCAGGGGAAGCUGGUCAUCGAAAAUAAACCCAAGAAGGAGCUCAUUCGUAUGCUUCAGCAGAUGGGCUAUGACUCAGAUCCUGUGAAGGCUUGGAAACAAGCUCAGGAGAAGGAAGCUGAGGAGGACGAUGGUGACGACGAUAAGGAACAAGAGGAAGAGACAUCUGGUCCUGAUUAUAACUAUCUGCUCAGCAUGCCCAUGUGGUUCCUCACUAAAGAGAAGAAAGACGAGUUGUGCAGACAGAGGGAUGAGAAGUUGGUCGAGCUGAACACACUGAAGAGGAAAGCUCCUGCUGAUCUGUGGAGAGAAGAUCUCGCUGCCUUCACUGAGGAGCUGGAGCGUGUGGAGCAGAAGGAUUUGGAGUCUGUGAAUGUGGUGACUCAGGUGAAGAGUAAAGCAGGGAGAUCAAAGAUGGUGAAGGUGAAGAAUGAGACUAUGCCCACCCCUCAGGGCCGCCGCGUCAUCCCCCGCAUCACCAGCACCAUGAAGGACCAGGCCGUCAAGAAGGAGGGAGCCAAACGAGGCAAAGCUGCAAAGCUUUUUUGUCCUUUGCCGAUCAAAGGCCUGAGAAUGCUCACUGUCCGUUUUCAGAAGGAGGAUGGUGGUGUGGUGAUGAAGAUGGAGUUUGAUGAUGAAGCAGGCACUGGAGCUGACGGAUCAGAGAUGGGACUGACUGCAAGAAUCUCCAAGAAGAUCAAAGAGCCUGCAGCUAAAGGCUCUAAAUCAGGCAAGCAGUCCACCCUGCCCUUUAAACCAGUGCAGAAGAACCACCCCUGGUCAGAUGAAGAAGAGGAGUCUGACAUUGAUGUCAUCCCUGAGGAAGUGGCUCCUAGAGAGAAGAGAGAACGCAAGGCUACGGUUGAAAAGAGGUACAGUCUGUCGAGCAGUGAGGAUGAGUUUGAUGACUGGAAGAACAGUAAGCAGAAGAAGCGUGCUGUCAUUGAGGAGGAUGAGUCCUUCAACCCAGAACCCACUGCUGCACCCGAUAGUGACAUGGACUCCCCUCCACAUCCGAUACCGAAAAAAGCUUCUGUAAAGACCAGCAAACCAAAGGCAGAGAAACAGCCCAGCUCUCAAUCUGAGAUCAACCAAGAGCAGCUCUCUAAACCUCCACCAAAGGCUGAAGAGAAGGCAGUUAAGAAAACAACUGAUGGAGCUGCCAAGAAGCCAGCUGCAAAGAAGACAAGUGCUGCUCCGAAGAAAAAAGCAACAGACACAAAACAGCUGUCAAUCUUUGAUGCUCUGUCCAAGACAAUUCCUAAAAAAGCCAAAGCCAGUAAGAAGCCCACCGCUGUGAAAGUAUUGUCCAGUGAAUCCGACAGCACGGCCCCCCCUGUAGCUGAGAAGAAACCAGCCAAGAAGAGGAAGAAUGCUCUGAGCAGCGACCAAUCAGACAGUGACUCUGACAGCGGCAAUCUCAUGGCCCGUCUCAAGGGAAAGAGCACAGCUGGAAAGAAAGUGAAAAGCUGGGACGAUGACAGCUUUCAGCUGGAGGAGAAGGUAGUGACAUCAUCUGCAGCUCCCAGGAGCCGAGUGGCACGCACCACCAAACCUGUGACCUACACACUCGAUUCAGACUCUGACGACUUUUAAACUCAUUCAGAGUCAGAAAUCUUUCUGUAUGCGCAAUACUUGAAGGUCAUGCACAAAGUUGCCUAAUGUUAGUUGAAUAAUUUUAUUUAUUUAUAUAUAUAUGUGUGUAUAUAUAUAUAUAUAUAUAUAUAUAUAUAUAUAUAUAUAUAUAUAUAUAUGUAUAUGUAUGUAUAUAUAUGUAUAUGUAUAUAUGUGUGUGUAUAUAUAUGUGUGUGUAUAUAUAUAUAUAUAUAUAUAUAUAUAUAUAUAUAUAUAUAUAUAUAUAUAUAUAUAUAUAUAUAUAUAUGUAUAUAUAUAUAUGUAUGUAUUUGGACAUUUACAUUAAAAUUCUAUAAGGCAUAUUUCAAACUGUUUUAUGUACAAAGCCUGAUGUUUUAUAUCGGCUCUUUUUAACAGACGAAAGGAACAAUUUUUCAUAACAUUAUUGCAUAUUGGUCAAUGCUCCUUGCUUUGUUUAUUCUUGCAUUUUAUACGUUGUUUUGUCUUGUAAAUAUUUGAUGUUCUCUAUCCGAUCAGUGCUUAUUAAUAAAUCUUGUGUGACA